AUGGCCUCCGUAACAGAAGCAGACAUCAAGCCCUGGCUCCGACCACCUCCGCAAUCCUACCUCCUCACCAGCGCAAACAUCGUCGAUGUCGUCUCCGGCAGCAUAAAGGAAAACCACUAUGUGACGAUAACGAGUGGCAAGAUCACUUCAGUCUCGCCUUCUCGUCCGUCCGACUCGGCUCUGCCCCAAUCCUACAUCACAGUCGACUGCACAGGUCUCUACAUCAGCCCCGGCCUCUUCGACGCCCACGUCCACUUCGUCGCAGUCCCAGGCUUCCCCAGCUUAGCCACAGCCUUCGGGAACUGGAACGACGUCUCGCUCCUGCGCCAACCUUACGUCGCAACGCAGAUGCUGCACCGCGGCUUCACCUCCGUCCGUGACUGCGGCGGCGCACAGCUGGCCUUCAAGCAGGCAAUCGAAGAAGGCGUGUUUCCUGGUCCGCGGCUGUUUAUUGCAGGUCACGCUCUCUCGCAAUCCGGCGGGCACGGGGAUAUCCGCUCAGCUCACGACCACGUCCAGUGCUGCGCGGGACACACGAAUGGGCUGGGCCGAAUAUGUGACGGCGUUCCAGCUUGCAUGCAAGCUGUACGCGAGGAGAUCCGCUCCGGUGCGGACUUUAUCAAGAUCAUGGGGUCUGGAGGAGUCUCCACACCGACCGAUCGCCUGGAGCAGCUGCAGUUCACGACCCAAGAAUUGCAGGCGAUUGUGGAAUGUGCAGAGAACGCGGGGACAUAUGUUACUGCUCACGCUUAUACGCCAAAAGCUAUGCUGCACGCGAUCGAAAAUGGGGUGAAGGGGAUUGAGCAUGGCAAUUUUGUCACGGAAGAGGUUGCCAAGGUCAUGGUCGAAAAGGAAAUCUACCUAACGCCGACGCUGAUUUCGUAUGCGGAGAUGGAUUCAGAGAAGUGGAAGGGGUAUCUGCCUGCGGAUGGACAGGCGAAGAAUACUGAGGUGUUAAGUGCAGGGUUAAAGAGCUUGAAGAUUGCGGCUGAUGCGGGUGUCACAAUCUGUUAUGGAAGUGAUCUGUUAGGCCCGCUGGGUCUGGCGCAGACGGGCGAGUUCAAACUCAGAGCCCAGGCGCUGAGUCCUUUGGCGGUGUUGCAGAGCGCAACCAUCAACCCAGCGAAGAUGAUGGGGCAAGCUGAAGCCAUUGGGCAGAUCAAGGAGGGCUUCUGGGCCGAUGUGCUCUUCCUCAAGGAGAACCCGUUGGAAGAUGUGACUAUAUUUGAUCGGCCCGACGAGUGCCUCAUGGGUGUCAUGAAGGAGGGAAGAGUGUAUAAGAGUCAGUGGGACGGUUUAAAGGAGGAUGCGGAUAUUCCAGUGCGAGUUAGGAAGUAG